AUGGACAAAAAGCCCUCUGUUUUUACUCGCACCUCGGCCUACAUUCCUAGGAUCGAGAAUGUAAUGCGGCGGGACAUUUACAAUGAGAAAAUAUCUGGCUGUGGAGGGCCGAAGGACCUGAGAGACACAGGCUCGCUCUCCUCUAUGGGAUUCCCUGGCAGCUACAGCAACAAAGCAGACUGCCAGUGGAACAUCAGGGUGCCUGAUGGCAAAUUGGUCCAUCUCCACUUCCACAACUUCUCCCUGGAGGAGAGCGAAGGGUGCUUGAGCGACAAAGUCAGCAUCACAGACCAACUGGGAAGUCUAGCACCAUGUGGAGGCAGCUUCAGCUCUGAACAGGGAGAACUAAAGUCUCCGAACUGGCCCAAUGACUAUGCAGGCCAGUCUGUUUGCACAUGGACUGUCAAAAACCCCAGCGCUACAAGAUUCCAUGUGGCAUUCAUGCACUUUGAAUUGCAAGCUGUGAACGUGCUUGGCAACUGUGUGGACUAUGUGGAGAUUUUCAAUGGAGCAACAAUGACAUCUCUUGGUCAGUUUUGGUACUACAGCUGA